AUGAGUCCCAGGGUCGCCUCGCUUCUUCAUUUCCUGCUGCUGGUCGACAAGGCCGCGGCGGGACGAGGAGUCAAAUGUGGCGGCAUCCUCUCUGCACCCUCUGGCAACCUCUCUAGCCCAAACUUCCCAGGCCUCUACCCGUACAACAUUGACUGUUCCUGGCUCAUCGUGGUACCGGAAGGUUCCUCUGUGCUGCUCAACUUCCACCACUUUGAGCUGGAGUUCCACGCCGGUUGUGCCUACGACCACGUCAAGAUCUACAACGGCGUCCCCGGCGACGAGGGCAACCUGCUCGGCACCUUCUGCGGAGACGGCGCCCCGCCUCCGUUCACCUCGUCCUGGAACGUCAUGUCGAUCAUCUUCCACUCGGACCGCCACGUCGUCCACAAGGGCUUCAGCGUUGGCUACAGGAAAGAUAUGUGCGGCGGGGUCCUGACCGGCCUAUCAGGUGUGAUCUCCAGUCCAGGCUACCCUCAGGACUACAGCAACAACGCAGACUGCACUUGGUUCAUCCAGGUGUCCAACAGCAGCGUGGUCACCUUGGUCUUCCUAGACUUCCAGAUGGAAGACAACAAGGGCUGCAAUUUUGACUACGUGGCAAUGUUUGACGGCCCCAGCGUCGGCCAUCGACACCUUGGCACCUACUGCGGGGCUGACAAACCCCCAACGUCCAUCUCCACCUCUAGCCAGCUGAUGGUGGUCUUCAAAUCAGACUUCAACAUCGCUGGCCGUGGCUUUAAGGCCUACUACUACUCAGGUGAAUGCCAGCAGGUGUUGUCGGCCGUGAGCGGUAAUUUCAGCAGCCCUCACUUCCCUGAGAUCUACCCCAACAACAUCAACUGCCACUGGAGCAUCUCGCUGGCGGCCGGUUACCGCAUCAAGCUCUUCUUCCCCGUCGUGGACCUGGAGGGCCGCAACACUUUGACGGGUGAAUGCGACUACGACUCGUUGGCCGUGUACGACGGCGGCCGGCAGACGGAUGCGCCGCUGCUGGGGAGCUGGUGUGGCGGGGAGAGGCCGCCGUCUCUCGUCUCCCGGGGCAACAAGAUGCUGGUGGUUUUGAGCACGGACAGAGAUGAGGCACACAGAGGCUUCACGGCGUCUUAUCUUGGAGUUGUACCUGUGAACGUGAGCUGCACCAGGUCAGAGUUCACCAUCCUGAUACCCCAGCAGUCGCUGCCCCAGCUGGACCGGGAACGCAUCUACCUGGGCAACCCCUCCUGCACCGCCCAGCUGACCGCCACUUCCUACAAGAUCCUGGCGCAGUUCGUCAACUGCGGCACCGCCAGCCAGAAACACCGCAACGUUACCAUGCUGGUGAACAAGCUCUACAUCGACUUCUCGGACGGCGACGAGCGCAACGUUCAGGAGUACAAGGUGCAGUGCGACGCCAUGAAGAAGGUGGCGUCUGUCUCCAUUGUCUCGGCCGAGGAGCGACGCCUGGAGCAGCGGGCACUGCACGGCGACUCCGGCGGCGGGCACGCUGGCCGCCCGCACUCCGAGCCCCACGACCUCAGCGACAUUGUCUUCAUCAGCAUCUGCGUGUUGGCCGUCAUUCUCAUGGUGAUAGCCAUCGUCUGGUUGGUGCUCCUUUAACAGGACAAAACUUCUUGUCUGAGGGGGGACCUCAGCCGCAGAUGUCAUCUUUGUUUUAGCCCGCUAACAGCCAAGGACUUCAAGGACCUCAACGAAGAUAAGAUGACAGCACGCAGACGAAGCAAAAAACAAGGAAAUCACGAGGCCCAGCACAUUCCAUCACAUAUCGUGCGUACUGGACCUGCUUUGCAUAAUAUAUGUGAGCAUUCCUUUUGGAGGCGGCCUUAGUGAUGUUGACUAUGGAACUCCUGAAUAAAUAGAGUGACGCGGGAGCUGUACCUUAGAGCAGUGGUUCUCAAAUGGGGGUACGCAUACCCCUGGGGGUACUUGAAGGUAUGCUAAGGGGUAUGUGAGAUUUUUCAAAAAUAUUGUAAAAAUAGCAACAAUUCCAAAAUCCUUUAUAAAUAUAUUUAUUGAAUAAUACUUCAACAAAAUAUGAAUGUAAGUUCAUAAACUGUGAAAAUAAAAUGCAACUAUGAGAUUUUUUGUGGACAUGUUCCAUAAAUAUUGAUGUUAAAGAUGUAUUUUAUUGUGAAGAAAUGUUUAGAAUGAAGUUCAUGAAUCCAGAUGGAUCUCUAUUACA